AUGGAGAAAAUGGAGGCCCAGUCGCGGAGGGAAGCAGCGGAGUGGAAGAGAAUGGGGGAGAGGGAAAAGGAAGCAGGCAGUGGUGGGGAGGGAGGAGAGGCGGCGGGGGGUGAUGAAGGCGGGUUAGAGACCUACCCCCCACUGACUCAUCUUCAGAGACAGCUGUCCAGAGCGCUGACCACUGUGUCUCGGAUUUCGUUUGAGGCUGUAGGCCAUGUCCACGCUGACAGGGACCACAGGCGGCGCCAUAGCAUGCAUGGUCAUGGCAUGCGUCACAACACGCAUGAUGACAACAUGCAUGAUCACAGCAUGCAGCAGAGCAGCAUGGACCGCAGCAGCAUGCAGCAGCAUGGCUCUACAGCCACCUCUCUCACCCGGGAUGCUCCCAGUGCUGCUCACAGCAUGGCGGGCGGUGGAGGGAUUCUGGAGCAUCCAGAGAGACACGGGCAGGAGGGGGCAGCAUGGCGGGCGGUGGAGGGAUUCUGGAGCAUCCAGAGAGACACGGGCAGGAGGGGGCAGCAUGGCGGGCGGUGGAGGGAUUCUGAGAGCAUCCAGAGAGACACGGGCAGGAGGGGGCAGCAGGGAGCGACCGGGAGCAUUCCGGGCAGGACGAAACAGUGUCGCCUUUUGAGAGACGUUUCGUUGAGCUCAGGUGAGUGUGUGGAUGGGGAGGGAGGAGGGGGGGAGACUGGGAAGGGGGUGGCCUCUGCUUACCCGCCCCCCUGGACUACUCACUUGCCGACCUUCCUUGCUGCUGCUGCUGGGGCACUAACAACUACUUGUCUGCCGUAUACCACUUCCCCUCUCCCCUUCUCCUCCUCUCUUCUCUCCACUCUCCCCUUCUCCACUCUCCCCUUCCCGCACAUAACCAAGUACCUGUUGGACCAUCCGCGCAAGUGCUACACGCAGCUCUUCCCACACAAGCAGACGCUCUGGCUGCUGCUCACAAUCGUCGCCUUCACAUCCAUCCAGGCCUUCUUCCUCAUGCUACUCGACUGGAACUCACAGGCCUUUGAAGGGCUCGGAGGUCUUUGCCGGGCUCGGAGCUGCAUGCAGUCUGUGAGCACGCGCAGUGCUGGCUACUCCAUUAUCAAUGUCUCCUACCUCUCUGCUGCCUCUAACUUCCUCUUUGUUGGCUUCAUAUACGUGGCAGUCUACCUCGUGUUCCUCACAUGCCAGUCCUCCCGCGAGCAGCGCGAUGUGCACGACAGGGACGACCUGGCAGUGUUUGCAGAGGACCUGCAUGGGGGCGUGCUCGACUCCUCCGUGCUGGCGCAGGGCCGGCACCUGGUGGCACAGGACUCGCUGUUACUUUUCGUCUCCAUCUUCCUCGUCUGCGCCAUUCAGAAUAACGACUUCACUUCAGACCCAGGCAACUGGACCGUCUUUAAAGUGAUCUUUGAGAUCAUUAGUGCCUACGGCAACGUGGGACUGUCUCUGGGAAACAACUGCCCCGCCAGCAACCCCAACUGCACAGAUGCUCCACCCUACAGCUUCUCAGGCACGUGGUCAGUACUCUCUAAUCUAAUACUCAUCCUCGUGAUGCUGCUCGGGCGGCACAGAGGGCUGCCAGACAACAUUGAUGCCGCCAUCUGCAUUCCGCCGCCCAAGCAGUUCCAGCGCCAGCCUGGCCGACCAAUCAAAGAGGAUCCAGCUGUGCUGCUUACGCGGGCGCUCACGAUGACCAAGUCUCAGCCCAGCUCUCUCAUUCGCCGCAUCUCCUCGUACGUAGCCUUUGUACUGCGCCUGCUUUCCUAUGUGUACAUGUGUUCCCUGCCAAAGCCUUUUCGGGGUCAAGUCCCUUAG